AGGUCUGGCCCAGCUGGUGCCAGGGGGCCCUGGCUGGGGGUGGGAGGGCCUGCGGGACAGUGGGUGAUGUCACAAUGCCUGCCGCCUGGGCCCUGCUCCCACUCCUACCCCGCCCUGCCUCUGUCCCACCAGCCUAGCCUUGAUGAGGAGCGGCAAGGCCUCCUGUGCGCUGGAGACCGUCUGGGAGGACAAGCACAAGUAUGAGGGAGCCGAGCGGCGCUGCUGUGAGCGCGAGGCCGCCCAGCACCCCCCGGCCGAGGCGCCAGCCAUGAACGGGCCCGGCCAGGCGGGCGGCGAGGACGCCGACGAGGCAGAGGCCCCCGACGCCGGCGGCAGGCCUGAGCCCAGGACGAGCCGCGACGGCCAGAAGCCGCUGCAGAAGAAGAGGAAGCGCUCCCCCAAGGGCUGGCUCGGCCAGGCGGACCUGGCCCUCGUGGGCCUCUCGGCUGACCACGUGUGGCUGGACAAGCCGCUCUUCGACCAGGCAGAGACCUCCUACCGCCAGCGGCUGGCCGACGCGGCUGCUCAGGCCACUCAGCUGCCUGCGCUGGCCCUGCGGGGGCCCUGCGCCCACGGGAGCCUGGUGGCCUGCCACCAUGUGACCUGGGGGGUCUGGGUCAACAAGUCUUCCUUCGACCAGGCCGAGCGGGCCUUCGUGGAGUGGUCGCAGGCCCUCCUGCUGGCUGCAGAGGGCAGCCGCGGCCAGGAGGCCCCCGACCUGGCCCUGGCUCGCCAGCCCGCUCUGGGCAGCCUGCAGGCCAUGGUGCGGGAGGUGUGGCUGGAGAAGCCGCGCUACGACGCAGCUGAAAGGGGCUUCUACGAGGCCCAGUUUGACGGCCACCCUCCCGGGAAGGUGCGCCUGCAGGAGCGAGCCAGCCAGGCCGAGGGCGCCCGGCGUGGCCGCAGGGACCGGCGCGGCCGCAACGCCCUGGGAAGCAAGCGGCCUGGGUCUCGGCGGGCUGACGGGGAGGCCCCCUCGGCCUUGCCCUACUGGUACUUCCUGCACAAGGAUGCAGAGGCCCCCUGGCUCAGCAAGCCUGCCUACGACAGCGCCGAGUGCCGCCACCACGCCGCCGAGGCCCUGCGCAUGGCCUGGCGGCUCGAAGCCGCCUCCCUGGCUCACCGGCCUGGGCCCCGCUCGGGCCCGUCCAUGUCCAGCCUGAGACCCAACAGGAAGAUGACGACGAACUUCCUAGUGCACGAGAAGAUCUGGUUCGACAAGUUCAAGUAUGACGACGCAGAGCGGAGCUUCUAUGAGCGCAUGAACGGGCCCGUGCCCGGCCCCUCCCGCCAGGAGAAUGGCGCCAGCGUGAUCCUGCGCGACAUUGCGAGAGCCAGAGAGAACAUCCAGAAAUCGCUGGCCGGAAGCUCGGGCCCAGGGGCCUCCAGCGGGCCUGGCGGGGACCACAGCGAGCUCGCCGUCCGCAUCGCCAGCCUGGAAGUGGAGAACCAAAACCUGCGAGGCGUGGUGCAGGAUCUGCAGCGAGCCGUCUCCAAGCUGGAGGCCCGCCUGAGCGCGCUGGAGAAGAGCUCGCCCACCCACCGGGCCUCAGCCCCACAGACCCAGCACGUGUCUCCCAUGCGCCAAGUGGAGCCCCCGGCCAAGAAGGCGGCCGCCCCGGCAGAGGAUGAUGAGGACGAUGACAUCGACCUGUUUGGCAGUGACGAGGAAGAGGACAAGGAGGCGGCGCGGCUGCGGGAGGAGCGGCUGCGGCAGUACGCCGAGAAGAAGGCCAGGAAGCCCGCGCUGGUGGCCAAGUCCUCCAUCCUCCUAGACGUCAAACCCUGGGACGACGAGACCGACAUGGCCCGGCUGGAGGCCUGCGUGCGCUCGGUCCAGCUGGACGGGCUGGUCUGGGGGGCCUCCAAGCUGGUGCCCGUGGGCUACGGCAUCCGCAAGCUGCAGAUCCAGUGUGUGGUGGAGGACGACAAGGUGGGCACCGACCUGCUGGAGGAAGAGAUCACCAAGUUCGAGGAGCACGUGCAGAGUGUGGACAUUGCAGCGUUCAACAAGAUCUGACGUGGGGGGGCCCUCCAGUGAUUAAAGACAAGAUUCUGGCA